AUGGCGAUGUCGGCGGAGGUGAAAGGAAAAAAGUUGAAAGAAGAUUUUGAUGAUCUGCUAACUUGUACAAUCUGUUUGGAGAUUUUCAAAGAACCUAAGUAUCUGUCGUGUCUGCAUACGUUUUGUAAGUCCUGUAUUAAUACGUAUAUUGUUUCAACCGUGAAGGACAAUAACCAAAGUGGAUUUAAAUGUCCCGUAUGUCGUCGGUCUGUGCCAAUAGAUGAUGAGCAGCCUGACACGUGGGUUAAUAAUUUACCCGGGAACCAUUUUAUCGUAUCACUAAUUGAUAGAAGAGAAUUACAGAAACCCGAUAAGCUAUGUGAUACUUGCGAACAGGACAAACAGAAAGCUAUUUCAUUCUGUACUGUUUGUGAAGAGGCAUACUGUGAAUCGUGCCGAAAGGCCCAUAAAAUUUUCAAAAUGUCGAGGAGUCAUAAGAUAAUAUCAAUCAACGAUAUCAAUGCAGAAACUUCAAAUUUUAGUAUACAUUCGCAUGUCACAUGUAAAGAACAUCCCGACAAGACGAUAGAAGUGUACUGUAAAGAUCAUUCGAAACCUUGUUGUACAGUUUGUGCCACUGUCCACCACAGAAAAUGUGAACAAGUUGUGACUAUUGAUAAAGCGGUGACUGGGAUAAAAGAAUCCGAAAAAGCAAAACACCUGUUGACAACAUUAACAGAAACGAGUAACACAUUAGGUAAAGUUCUUCAAAACCAAAAGACUAAUAAGGAAAAUUUUGAAAAUGGCAUAGAAACAGUUCUUCAAGAAAUCACAACUUUACGAGGAAAAGUAGGUAAACAUUUAAAUACACUCGAACAAAAACUUCGGGACGAGGCCAACAGUAGAAGGAAAGAAAAAUUAAUUAAGCUUGAUGACGAAACAAUAGAUUUGUCCAGCCUAAAGAAUAUAGUUGAUAAUUGGAAGAGUUUAUUCGAAGCUUGUAUAUCUCAAGGAUCAGAAAUACAAUGUUUGGUCAAGAUGGACGAAAUUCUAAACAACAUUCCUCAAACUGAAAAUGACAUUUCUAAACUUCUACGUGAAAUAAGGACUAUAUCCGUAAAAUUUGAACAGAAAGAUAUCAUUUCAGACAUAAGUUCUCUCGGCAGUUUGAUUUUUGAUGAGCAUCGGCCUUGUGCAUAUUCUAUUCCCGGAAUGAAGAUAACAAAUUUACAUACAGGAAAAAUUCGAAUAGCAUUCACAAUUGAUGUUACAGUAGUUGCUGUUAGCGGGAUAUUCUUUAAUAAUGAUAUUAUUUUGACCCAUUAUAACCAAGCUAAGAUCGUGUACUACGACCACAAAGGGCAACAACAAGAGCAAAUAGGUAUUCCUUACUAUUUAACAGAUAUAACCAAAGUGAACGAUCAAACUGUCGCCGUGUCCUCAGAACAACAGAAGAUAGUGGUUAUCAACGUUAAACCGCUGACUAUAAUAAAAACAUUAAAUAUUAGCAAUCCUGUUUGGGGUAUUUCGUUCUGUGAAAACGAAUUUGCUACUGCUAAUAAUAAAACAAUAUCUUGGUUGAACGCUGAAAAUGGAACAGUAGUUAGAAGUCAACAAACAACAGUGGACACGAGACAUGUUUAUUGCUUCACGAAAAAUGAGUUUAUCUACUGGGAUAGCGGAAAUUUUAUUAAAAGAGAGAGCAAUGAAGGAAAAGGCUUUAAGUAUAGCAAUAGACUGUUACAAAGCACCACCUCCCAUGACGUUGAUAGCGACGGAAAUAUUUAUGCCACCGGAUAUAAUUCCAGAAGCAUACAUCAGUUGACAUCUAGUGGACAACUCAUAAGAAUUAUUUCUAUAUCAGAUAUAGACAAUACCAUCACAGCUCAACCAUGGGUAAUAAGGUUCCAGCCAAACAGUAACAGAUUUCUUCUCACAUUUCAUCCUAUAGCUAAAGUCAUUGUGUGUGAAAUUGAUUAG